AUGCCGCCUCCUAUUGGUCGCCGCUGGGGCCUCGCCCCGCCUCCGCGGGUGCGCGCGCCGCCCUUCCGUCCGCGGCUCGCGCAGCGGUGCGCGGUUCCCAGGCGGGCGGCGGGAGGGGCCGCCCGAGGCCGCGGUCCGCUCCACCCUCGCAGAGACGGGGCGGGCCGGGACCCGGCCGCGCUCACCCUCUUGCCCGAGUUGCGACGAACGCCCGCCGGCUUUCGGAURGUGCGCCCGGGGCCUGAGCGUCGCCGGCCGGAGCGAAAGCAGGCGGGGGCCCUGCGCGGCACCCGCCCCGGACGGCUGGGGGUCGCGGCGACCCGCGGUGCAGAAACCAGCGCCGGCCCCCUUGCCGAGGCGGCGCCGCCACCCGAGGCUGGGAGGAGCGAGGCGGAAGCACUGCGUUGCAGGCGCCAGCGGCGAGUCGCGGCGCCGGGACCUGUCGGCUGGGAAGGAGACGCGCAUCACCUGCGAGGAGGCCUCGCCGGAACCAUGAGUGUGCAUCACUGGAUCCCGACCUGGGCGCUGGAAGUUCGGCGGCCUCGGGGGAGUCUUCCGAGCGUGGCUGGAGGUGACGCCGCCCGCAGGGUGCCGUGGGAGUCAUUGCCCGCGGGAAGCCGAGGCGGCAGGUGCGGGUCGCCGCUGACCUGCGCCCAACCACCGUGGCCUGUCCUAGCGGGCUUCGCCGCGACCGAGCCAGGGGCUGUGCCCAGCCUGGGUCGGGCGUCCAGUUGAGGAGACAGAAUUCUUCCCGAGAGGUGUUCUCUUUGCUCGCCGCUCAGGCACGUCCAGGACACAGCCCUGGUAAAGUUAAACAGGGCCUCCCGCGCCGUAUUUCUCUGUGAACACACCGUACAGUCCUUUGUAUCUUAUUUUUAAAUGGGCAUGAUGUAUGGCAACGGGUGUAAUAAAACACGUCGGGCAGCGAUCCUGUGUCAAGAUAAAAUUCCUGAGUUCUCCGAAUUUGGGGGCUUCCUGUCACCUCAUAAUCAGCAUUUCAAAGACCGUCGUGUAUUCAUUCCACUAACAUUUAAGGAUACGCUAAAA